UGCCUUCUCUUGGUUGCCCACAAUGUCAACUUCGGUGCCUGCCAUGGCCACAGCGCCCUUGACACCACAGCCGAUGGAGUGUGCACCACCCACCAUGCCGCUGCCGGUGGCCUCCAGUCGAGCCACAGAGGAGGACUUGCAUGCGGUCUUGGAGGCGAAAGACAAUAUCAUCAAAGACUUGCAACGAAGAUUAAAGGAGUCUGAUGCUCGUGCUGAAUCUUUGUAUGCCGAAUGUGUGCAACUUCGUGAGCGAGCACCUCCAUCUCAUCAAAUAAUGCAGCUGCUGCGCAACGCUGCGGAAGGAGGAGCCAUGCUCCAGCGUUGCCUCGCGCGGGAGGCGCAAUUGCGGCAGGAGUGGUCAGUGGCCGCAGAGCGAGCCCAACGGAAUUUGGGCCGGGAGGUGAGCGCCUCAACACAGGUAGAGGAGGAGGCCCUCUUGCAUUUCGAGUGUUUGGCAGCGAAGACCUCUGCGGACCUUGCCCAGGCGCAGCUCCGCGCUGAGUGCGCAGAGCUGAAGAGCGAAGCUGCCAGGAUGGCUGAGAGUUCGGAGAUGUGCAGUGAGCUGCAAGCUUCCACUGAAGAGGAGUUGAUCUUCGCGCGGACAGAGGCAGAACGCUUACAGGAACGGUUGGCGCAGAUGGCAAAGGCGAAGAAGACCUUGAAGCGGCGGGUGCAGGUCUUGGCCAUGAAUUCCGCGAAUCCGAAAGAGGAAAUGCGCGCGCAAAGACGAUGCCAGCAGCUGUGUGAGGAGGCGGCUGUGGCCUUGAACAUCAAUGCCGAAAUAGAGAAGCAGCGUUCUCAGCUGCAAAGUCCGGAGCGGGUAUGUGAUGAUCAAUUGUUUGCUGAGAACAGUGAAUUGAAGCAGCAUAUCUCCAUGCUUGAGUGUGAGAUUUCCGGCCUGCGCAUGGAGAGGGACUCCGGGCUGGCAGAGUCCGUGCUGCACCUCAGCCAAAUGGAUUCGGAGGUGGAAUUGGAAUGCCAAAGACUACAAGAGCAGCUAGCUGAAGCCUUAGCUUGGGAGAGCUCACGCGAAGAGCUAGAGGCGGAGGUGUCCAUCCUGCGCCAGAAAUGCGAACAGCUUCGUCUCCAAGUAGAUGAGGCUGCGGCCACGACGCCUCAAGCUGCACUUGUCCGAAUUGAGGAGCUGGAGGAGUUGGUACGACUUGGAGCUGAAGAAUUGCAGCAGGAAAGACAACAAAAGCUAGAGGAGAUGUUGAAGAUCAAAGAAGAAUCAAGUCAGUGGCAGCUGCAGAGUCAGCAGAAGAUGCAGGAACUCCUUGAGAAAGAAAGCCAUUGGAAGACCGAAGUUCAUCAAAAAGCAGAGGAGAUAUUGAAGAUGAGGGAUGAAGCGAGCCAGUGGCAGCUGCAAAGCCAUCAAAAGACACAGGAGGCCCGGAUGAACCAGGAGGAAGCAGAUCGACAAAGAGCGAUUUGCAAGGGAUUGCAAGAAGCCAAAGAAGAAGCAGACCGACGCAGAGCGAUUUGCGAAGAGGACUUGCAGAAGGCCCGAUCAGAAACAGAUCGGCUGAGGGCUGAGAGCUCUGAAAAGAUUGCAGUGUCUUUCAGACACGCCGAGGAUCUUCACAAGGCUCAACACGACGCUGAUUGCCUUAGAGACGCCCACCAUCAGCAGUCUGCCUUAGCUGCCCAGCAACUGGAGGAGCUCCGGGAGCUGCGCCUGGAGGCCCAACAGCUACGAAGCGAAUGUCGGAAGCAGUUGGCAGCCGAAGCGCAACAGGCCAAGGAUGUGCGCCAAGCAGCAGAAGAUGCUGAAAAGAGCAGAGCUUCCUGCCAGGAUCUUCAAUGUGUGGCAGAGCGCUCUAAGAAGGAGCGCGAUGCCCUUGCACAGGAAGUGGAGGGGCUGCAGGAGGAGCUUAGAAACCUCAGAACUUGCCUGGCAGAGUCGCAGGCGACUGGCAUGAAGGAGAAGCAGAAACAAGAUGAGGAAUUGAUUGCUUUGCGGAGAAGCCGUUCUCAACUCGAAGAAGAAGCAGAACAAAAAGCCGAGGAAAUGCGAAGUUUGCGGGAGGAACUCAGAGAACUGGAGCUGAACAAGGAACAGUUGAAAGCUCACAGCGACCAUCGGGCUGUUCUGCUUUCCAACCAAGCGGAGGAAGUGCAUCGAGUCAAUGAGGAACUGGAGAAGUGCAAAGCCGACGCCUUUGCAGCUAGGGACGAAUUGCAGGCCUUGCAGGAGGAGCUCGAGCAGUGCCGCAUAGAGGCUGACAUGCUCCAUGCUGAUCGGGCAAUGGCACCCAUAGAGGAGUUCUACGAGCUGCAAGUGGAGAGGGACCGCCUCAACGCAGCAGAAGUGGCUGGCACCCUACUGCUCUCAGAGAAGGAAGAGGAUGUGCAGCGAUUGACGGAGGAGUUGCGGCUGUCCAGGAAUCAAGUUGCUCGUUUGAAAGAUGAGGUCUUGGCAGUCGAAAGUCUGCAGGUUGAGGUCGAUGCCAUGACCCAGGAGCGGGAUGCCGCACGGCAAGAAUUGGACCAGCUGCUGGCCUUGGAUGCCCUCCGAGAGACACCGGAGCAGCGCAUGGAGGAAGUGAGUCGUUUGCGGGAGGAGCUUGGCGAAGUGGCCGUCAUUGCCUCACAAAACGAAGAGGAGCGUGAUGCUUGUCGAAAGGAGCUGGAUGAACUGAAAACCGACAAGGUGCCUAACUUAUUGCAGGAGUUGCAGUCAUCGAAAGAGGCGCACCAAAUAACCUGUAGCGGUUUGGAAGCUGAGCUCCAAAAGUGGAAGUCAGAAGUUGAAAAGAAGGCCAACAUAGUCUCUGAGCAGGUGGAGGAGAUCCUCCAAUGCCAAGACCAACUGGACCACAACAAGCUGGAAGCAGAGAAGGCUGCAGCGACCAUUGCAAUGCAGACCCUGGAGCUAAAUAGAUGGAAGAAGGAGGUGGAGAACAAUGCCCUCUUGCUGUCGCAGCAAGCUCAGGAGUUGGAGCAGUGCUAUUCAGAACUGGAGCUGCGCAAGAAACAGGGAAAUGAGAAGAGCGCGGCAGCUUUAGCGAAGCGAAUCGAGGCUGAAGAGGAGUUGGAAUGCUUCAAGAGAAAGUAUCAAAAGAAUUUGGCCGUGAUGUCCCGACAAGAUAAGGAACUCGAAGCGUGCCAAGCAUCAGUGGACUCCUGGAAGGCUGAAGCUGAGGGACACCUCCAGGUCAUCUCGGAGCAACUCGAGGAGCUUCGGUCUGCCAAAGAAGAGUUUGAAAUCAUGAAGCAGCAGAAGGAGGACGUCGUGGCCAGCGCAUCUAAACAGCUGGAGGAGCUAGCUGAGUGCAGAGCGAACGCGGAUCAGUUGCGUGCUGCUGAAGCAAUGCGCCUGGCAGAGAUGUCCCAGAUUGCUAAGGAGCUAGAAGACCGUAUCGAGCAAAUGCGCAUUAAAGAAGCGCUGCAGCUGGCAGAGGUGUCACAAGUGUCCCAGGAACUGAAGGACUGCAGGGCUGAAGCUAACAUGCUGCAAGAGGCUGAAGCAGCGCAGCUGGCAGAGACCAUGGAGCUGUACAAGGAACGGGAUCGCUAUGUGGCCCAGAUCGAACGCUCACGCGCGUUGCAAGAUCAGGGCCGAGCUCAAAUCUCUUCCCUGAGCAAGGAGCUGGAAGGUUGCAGAUUUGAAGCCGAAAGACUACGGUUUGAAGCGCACAGGCCAAAGAUGCCUGUCCUGGCGAAGGUUUUCAUGCUUGUGGGCUUCCAAGCGCUGAAGACAUGUCAAGCCCGAGCCGCGGAUCUUGUGAAGGAAAUUGAUCAGCUUAAAGUGGGGCAGAAGGCAGACAAGGAUUGCUCGGCAAAGAUAGCCAAGGAGCGAGACGAUUUCCGCGCUGAAGCGCAGAAGCUGCAUGCAGAGGCUGAUGAGCUUCGUGCAGUGCGCCUGGACAACGAGAAUCGCCUUGCCGAGAUGGCGUCUAUGGUUCAGGAGCGAGAAGGACUGCAUGCUGAAGCGAAGAAGCUGCACGCAGAGGUGGAUGAACUUCGAUUAGCACGCCUGGACAACGAGAAUCGCCUGGUUGAGACGACUUCGAUGGCCGAGGAGUACCAGUCAGAAGCAGACCAGCUUCGUGCUGCUGAAGCGAUGCGACUGGCAGAGAUGUGCCAAAUGGCAAAGGAGCUGGAAGAAUGCAGAGCAGAAGCAGACUUGCUUCGUGCUGCGGAAGCAAUGCGCUUGGUGCAGAUGAAGGAGCUGGAGGAACAAAGAGCAAACACGGAAUUGUCCAAGGAACGUGAUAUGCUUUGCUCAGAUGCGGAGCACUUGCGCCUGCUUUUGAAGGCAUCCCAGGAGGAGCUUUCAGCGCAGAAAGAAGAGGUGAAGCAAUUGAAAUUCAAACAGGACCACGUUGAUGCUCCAGAGUUGAAAGAGCUGCGGGAAGAGCGUCUCAAGGUCCAGGAAGAGUUGAGAAAGGUGGAGAUGCUUCGGCGGCUACACUCACAGCAACCAGCUGCAAUCAGGAGACACAGGCUGUCGACUGUCAGCCUUCCUUUGGCACAAGCCUGGGAGGUUCGAAGAAGAAGUCUUAUCAGGCGCAGGAGUCGCGCAGCGAGCGUGCCGGCACGAGCAGACUCUCCGAUGUCACCACAACGGCAAAGAGGUUUGCCCAAGCAAGCCACAUUCAUCGAGCCGCAGAGACCGGUGCCUUCAAGCCCUGCACGAGAGGAAGGGCCUUUGGUUUCCCGCAAUAGCACCGGCAUGCUUUCCGCGCAGUCUUUGCGGCUAUGUGCAGAGCUCACCCCAGCAUCAUGGCAGGCCUCGCCGGUCCACCACAAUGGAGGAGUUUGCGGUGAGCACAGCCCAGGUUCUGCAUCGACCGAGCGGACAGCGGCGCUGAAUCCUGCGGUGUUGAGGAGCAGAAGCCAUUCUCCAGUGCGAACUGCCCCUGCCAGAGGUUCUCGUUCCAGCUGUGCCUCAAGUAGACAGGUUCUUCUUCCACCUUCUCUUCCAGCAACAUCUUCGCUUGCUGCCGAACCACGUUUUCUUUGUGCGCUGCCCCCAACCAAGGUCAUUGUGAGAUGCCGAGAAGUCCCCCUCCAGGACGUGUCCUCAAGCUCCUCCAGCAUUUUUGCGCUGCCGAGAACGCGACACAUCCUCCGACCAGGGCAUCCAAACAUCACCUUCAGGGCUUGGUCUCCUGUGCGUGUGGAGCCUGACUUGGUAGCUGGCCGUGCUUGGGUCUCUUCUUCACCAACUGCUGAGGGCGUGGAGGAAUCUCAAGAUGCAGCUCCACGGGAUCUCAAGAGCUUCUUGUGCAAGAAAGAAGAGGCAAGAGAUGCUAGAGCUCCCAGGGCCCGAUCUCCUGAUUGCUGUGAUCUCCUUCAGGGUGACUGUUGGAGAAACGGUCGUGAGUCUAUUUGUCGAUGAGGAUAUCAUUACAAGCUGAGGAGUUUGGGAAAAGACGAGGAUCAAUCACGAAGCGCAAAGAUGGUGCUUCUGUUUGAGUAAAUGUUUACGCACCGCUUGUGCUAGUUGUUGUACAAAGACUUGGCAUUACAUUUUGCCAGGGGUGCUGUUGAAAGAGGGCCUGCAUGGGAAGCGAAGCGAUUUUGGGACUGC